AUGUGUGCUCAAGCAAACGUGACCUUUGCGUACUACUAUGCCUUGGCUAUACAGCGCACCACGAACGCCUCUACGAACUUGCUGUUCCAUCAGCGCAAUGUGUCAACUGCGGCCGACAAAUGGUUGAACAAACCCAACGUUAAUACUCUAUACUCUAGAGCGUUUCUCGACCUGUUGUGUUCGGAUCUGGUUAUUAAUGUCCCGGAAAUAGAAGACUGUUACUGGCCGUACCAAGCGUACAUCAACAUUCCAACUCCAUAUGCCAUCUCUGCGGUCCGCAUCCUAGUCCAGCCAAACGAGGCCGAUGCCGCUGCUGUCCACCGCGUCCAGGACCAGUUCGGGAUUACCCCUAUCCGGAGAGCCUCUCAGCUUCCGGUUGCGCCGUCCCUGAACCUAACCAUGUUUACCGACCCAAAGAUUGUUCCAGGAUCAAUCAACACUCUCGAGGAGGGCGUUCUAAGGCUCACCGCAAAGUUGUCACCGUACAAUGCCCCCCUGGUUAUCGCAGACAGGACCUGGGUGUCAGCAACGCUUCAAGGUGCUGGACUCGCCAAGGGAUGCUUUGCGCAACCAAAGGGCACUAACCUCACCGCGGCGUCACAGGCAGCAAAUAACUCCAUCGUCAAUGAGUUUUUUGUGCACCCGCAGGCCGCGUACAUCGGCAAUUUUCAGAGUGCGUAUGUUACGCGAUACAACAUUGCGGCGACAGGUUACCUGACAAGGGAUCAGGCCAUGUACCCAGCCUACGCAAGUUCGACAAUAAACAACAUCAUCCCAUCCACCAGUGCGUUGCGCUUGACCUUCUCGGCAGAACCAAAGCUGAAGUCUCACGGCUUUUGGAGUCUGACUAUAUACGACGCCAACGCAUAUCUUAUCCCGAACGACCUUGAUAGCAACGUUCCGCCACCGGCCAAUUGGACGAGCAACUGGUUGCCUGCACCACCCGACGGAAAUAGCUUCCAAAUAAACUUAAGAUUCUACGGCGGAGAGGACGCCAUGUCCAAUGGGAGCUAUGUGUACCCCGUGGUUGAGACAAUUGAUGCCAUUCCAGCGUAG